GCUGUCGCCGUCGCUGUCGCUGUCGCCUCCCUGCGGCCAUGGGGGCUCCGGCGCUGCCCCCCCCUCCUCAUCCUCCCCUCCUCUUCCUCCUCCUCCUCCUCCUCGGCUCCCCGGCGCUGCUCGGGACCCCCGCCCGCGCUCAGCUGGUGACCAUGGUGACCCCGGCCGUGCUGCGGCUGGAGACGGACGAGCAGGUGGUGCUGGAGGCCCCGGGGCUGAGCGCGGCCACCGAGGCCUCGCUGCUGGUGCAGGACUUCCCCCUGAAGCGCCAGGUCCUGUUCCAGACCCGCGUGGCCCUGAGCCCCGCCGGGGGCAUGAUGGCCACGGCCACCAUCAAGGUGUCGGCCAGGGACCUGCCGCAGGGCCAGGGGAAGCGCUUUGUGACGGUGACAGCGCGGGUGGCCGCGGUGACGCUGGAGAAGGUGCUGCUGGUGUCCCUGCAGAGCGGCCACAUCUUCGUGCAGACCGACAAGCCCAUCUACACCCCCGGCAGCACCGUCCUCUGCCGCCUCUUCACCGUGGGCCACCUCAUGCAGCCGGUGGCCAAGACGGUCAUCGUGGAGGUCAAGACGCCCGACAACGUCAUCAUCGAACAAGUCCCGGUGUCGUCCCCGAGCAAAAACGGGAUCCUGUCCCUCAACCACAACCUGCCCGAGGUCGUCAGCCUGGGCAUCUGGACGAUUUCGGCCAAAUUCGAGGAUUCUCCGGAGCAGGUCUUCAGCACCCAGUUCGAGGUCAAGGAAUACGUGCUGCCGAGCUUUGAGGUGUCCAUGACCCUCGAGGAGAAGUUCCUGUACAUCGACCGCCAGGAGGAUUUCAGGGUGAACAUCCGGGCCAGGUACCUGUAUGGGGAGAACGUGGAGGGGAUGGCCUUUGUCCUCUUCGGGGUCAUGGUGGACGACGAGAAGAAGAGCAUCCCCCAGUCCCUGCAGCGCGUCCCGGUCCAGGCUGGUGACGGCCAGGCCGUGCUGUCCAUGGCUCACCUGCGCGAGCGCUUCCCCAACCCCCAGGAGCUCGUGGGACUCUCCCUCUACGUCACUGUCACCGUCAUCACCGAGUCAGGCAGUGACAUGGUGGAGGCCCAGCGUGGUGGCAUCCAGAUCGUGACGUCCCCCUACAGCAUCCACUUCACGCGCACCCCCAAGUACUUCAAGCCGGGGAUGCCCUUCGACCUCACGGUUUACGUCACCAACCCCGACCAGUCCCCGGCUCCGCGUGUCACCGUCCAGGCCGAUGGCUUCCAGGGCCAGGUGUCCACCCGGCACGACGGCACGGCCAGGCUGGUCCUCAACAUGCCGGCCAACAAGGACAGCGUCCCCAUCACCGUGCGCACGGCCCAGGAGGGGCUGCCCCCGGAGCGCCAGGCCUCGCGGCAGAUGACGGCCCAGGCCUACCGCAGCCAGGCCGCCUCGGGCAACUUCCUGCACCUGGCGGUGGCCGCCACCGAGCUGCAGCCCGGGGACAACGUGGCCGUCAACUUCCACCUCAAGACCAGCAACAACAACGUCCGCAACUCCGUCCCGUUCUUCACCUACCUGAUCAUGACCAAGGGACGCAUCGUCCGAGCCGGCCGGCAGCGGCACGAGGCCGGCCAGAGCUUGGUGACCAUGACCCUGCCGGUGACGCCGGAGCUCAUCCCGUCCUUCCGCGUCGUGGCCUACUACUACGUGCUGCCCGGCGAGAUCGUGGCCGACUCCGUCUGGGUGGACGUCAAGGACACCUGCAUGGGCACGCUGGUGGUGAAGGGGGCCACCGAAGGUGACAAAGCCGUCCAGGAGCCGGGGAAGCAGAUGAGGCUGCGCAUCGAGGGCGACCACAAGGCCUACGUGGGGCUGGUGGCCGUGGACAAGGGGGUCUUCGUCCUCAACAAGAACAAGUUCACCCAGACCAAGGUGGGUGGGCCUGUCCUCGAUGUCCCCAAGGGAUGUGGCCGUCACAACUGUCCUGCUGUCCCUGGGUGGUGGCGGUGGCCGUCAUGA